AAAGUACGCAAUAUAAUUUAUAAUACCGCGUGCGGUUUUCUUCUUACGAGAAAGUGCUAUGCCGCGUGGUUCUCUAGCAGGAGCUUCGACAGGCUUGGCUAUCUAAAAAUUACCUUAAGUUUCGAAAAUUAUUCUAAAAUUGCUGAAGUAAACUUUUGACUUCUUUAAGCAAACUCUUAGAUUUGAAAGAUUACUUUUAAAAACUUUAAUUUCAUUUAAAGUAAAUUUUCCCAAGGGAUAUUUAUCGUCAUAGAAUAUGUUUACACAACACCCUUAAUCGGAUGUAAUAACAUCCGUAGUUAUAAGACUGGUGAAGCAUUUUAUUACUCAGAGUAGUUGUGAUUAGCUAGUUUUAGAAUUACGGAGGUUAUCUGUACCGUUAUAUAUAAAUCCGAUUAAAGCAGCCAUCUAAACCUACUGAACUCAUAAUGAGGUCAUGUUAAUCGCGCGAGUGCUAUCGCCUUGCAGUGUACUAAUAAAUUUCGCAUGUACUAUCUCGCACUUUGUAGUAUCAAAUGUAAUGCCAACCUAAACGAGUUUUACUGACAAAAGAUAGUAACGAAUAAUAAAUUGCGAGAAACAUAAAUCACUUGCUUCACUGAUCGCCAGUGCGCCAACGUUUCUAAAUAUAAAUAGCCCAUUACAACAUACGAUAAUAUUAUAUUACCUUUGCGUAACUUGAAAGCAACUUUUAUGAUUUUGUCACUGACAAAAGAGCUGGUAAAAGCAAUGAAACCGAACAAUAUGCGGUUUGUCUCCGCACUGACAGUUUUAAGUGCCGUGUGUCUUUGUUUUGGUUCAACCUGUACCUCGGUGCAACCACCCAAUAUCGUAGUUAUCAUCGCUGAUGAUUUGGGUUGGAACGACGUUAGCUUCCACGGCGCCGAUGAGAUUCCUACGCCAAACAUAGACGCUCUCGCGUACAACGGUGUGAUACUGAACAGACAUUACGUGUUGCCGGUAUGCACACCGUCGAGGAUAGCUUUCCUCACGGGAAAAUAUCCCAUAAGGACAGGCAUGCAGGGCUAUCCCUUGCGAGGAGCUGAACCACGUGGUAUACCUUUGAACAAUACUCUUUUACCCGAAUACCUUCGUAGACUUGGAUACACCACUCAUCUCGUAGGGAAAUGGCAUGUUGGUUAUCACACAAGAAAUUACGGACCCACUCGUCGUGGUUUCGAUACUUUCUUGGGAUAUUACACCGGCAUGAUCGAAUAUUUCAAUCAUACAAUUUACGAAAGUGGACAACUGGGUUACGAUUUGCACCGCAGUGUAGGCGAUAACCACACGGUGGAAUACAGAUACGACUACAUGACUGACCUUGUGACCAAUGAGGCCGAAAGUAUUAUUUCGUCGCACAACACUGAUAAGCCCAUGUAUUUGCAACUGGCACAUCUCGCCGCUCAUGCUAGUAAUGCCGAAAGCGUUAUGGAAGUACGCAAUAGGAAAGAAACAAAAGCCACCCUCGGCUACAUCGAAGAUUUUAACAGAAGAAAAUACGCGAGUGUCGUUGCCACGUUAGAUGAGUCUGUCGGUCGUGUAGUCGACGCACUGAAGAAGAAGGACAUGCUCAAGAACACAAUCAUACUCUUUAUGUCUGACAAUGGAGCACAGACUGAAGGAUACUUGGAAAAUUAUGGAUCCAAUUAUCCACUUCGGGGGGUGAAAUUUACCUUAUUCGAAGGCGGCAUUCGGGGCGCGGCGUGUAUUUAUUCACCCUUGAUUCAGCGUCCAUCGAGAGUCUCGACGCGGCUAUUCCACAUUGCCGAUUGGCUGCCAACACUGUACUCUGCGGCUGGCGGUAAUUCGAGUGAUCUGCAACAAUUGGACGGCAUUGAUCAAUGGCCCGUGAUUAAGACAGCAAAAACUGGCGAACGGACAUCGGUUCUCCUGAAUAUUUGGGAGAGUCAGAACAACGAGGCAGCGAUAGUGGGACGUUAUAAACUCGUUAGAGAUACGUCCGAUUAUCAGAAGCAUUAUGAUUAUUAUAGCGGUAAUGGUCCAUCUUAUCCCAAGUACAAUAUGACGAAGGUGCUAACGUCACCAGCCGCAACGGCCAUCGCGAGCGUUUCGACUAAUAAGUUAACUACAACGAAAAUAAAAGCGCUCCGUAAAAGGGCCACGAUAGUUUGUAAAAAUUCCACAUAUUCCUCCAGUUGCACGAACCGCACUUGCUUGUUCGAUAUUUACAAAGACCCUUGCGAAAUCACGGAUCUAUCGUUGAAGUAUUCUAAGAUUGUGAAGAAAUUGAGCGUCUUCAUCGACAGCUAUAAAUCGGUCCUCAUGAAGGAACUCAAUACAGACGUCGAUCCGGCUGGCUUUCCGUACCACUUUAACAACACUUGGAUGCCCUGGCUGCCGGACGACUAUCAGUAGAUCAGCGAAAUGCAUUUCAUAACGAGCGAAGUCACGUGGUAGUAUAAUGACUUUACUUCGACCUGCUAAGGAACUCAGUGGAAACCAGUUUUGAGAUGUUGAGAUGCGUUCCAAUAGAUGGAUCUUAAGAGUCUAUUUGGUGACAUAUUUGUCACACUUCUAAUCGCGAUUUAAAUAAAGAGCUCCUUCGGAUGGUUCUUUUUGUCUCCGAAUAUAA